CAUCAGGGAAGGGGCAACAAAAACCAAAGUACUCAAGUCCAAAGCCUAAAAAUAAGGUUGCACAACAACUGCUACAGCGUAGCAGAGAAACAGCAUCAUCUCACUCAUUUUAUCUAUCCAUCCCACCCCUUUGCCUUUUUUUCCAGCCCCUAAUCUAUGUAUCUAUCUAUCUUCAAUACUACCCCUCUUUCUCUCUCUGACCCAUUCUCUCUCUCUCUCUCUCUACACAGACACCAACAACAAAUGGCACACACAAUGAAAGAAGAAACAUGGAAACUCCACGCAUCCAUCAUGCCAUCAAAACCAAAGAGUCCACACCACCCAACCCAACCCUCUUUCUCUCUCAUCAAUGGCCCAGCUGGACCAAAAUUUAUGUAGAAGAAAGAAAAACAAAAAAGAAAGAAUGGGAAAACAAAAGAAAGAGAAGUUAGAUGUGUUCAAAUGUCCUCCAACCAAACCCACCUUACAUCUCUCUUUCUCUCUCUCUCUCUCUCUCUCAUCAAAACCAUGUUCCCCGAAUUGCCCUUCUGCAAGCCCCCAAAAAAUCCCAUCUUCAUCACUGGUCUUUCAAAAGAACAAUAUUUUUCACCGAGUUAUGUGGGCUUUUUGGGUUUCUUUGUCUCGGUCAGAGUUUCUCACAGAGAAAACAGGAAAGCGAGAACCUUCUUACCCCUUCACCUCUUCUCUCUUUUCCUAUUUCUUUCUCUCACGUUUCGCUCCAUCAUCCCUCACACCUCACCCCACCCUACCCCCACCCCACCCACCUUCUUCUUUCUCUCUUUCUUCCCUUUUCCCUUUAGUUUUCGUUUGUUCUUCCCUUGUGGGUUCUCUUGUUUCUCUCUGAUCUCAUGAAGAAGAUGAAAGGGGUUGUCCCCAUGGAACCUCCUUAUGAGGUGUACCAGGAUCAGAGGGCCAGGUUGAGACACCAGAGUCUCUUGCAGGACUAUGAAGACCUGCACAAGGAAACAGAAGCCAUGAGAAGGAAAUUGCAGGCUACGAAGCAGAAAAAGUUUAUGCUGGAAGAUGAAGUUAGAUUUUUGAGGCAACGUUACAAUUACUUGCUAAAACACCCUAUUCUAAAGCCUCAACCAAAGCAACAAGUUGUAAAGCCACAAAAGCUCAAAAUCCAAGCUCCCAUCAUCUCAAAGGGAAAGAAUUACAACAAGAAGGAGCCUAACCUGCGACCCCACCACCCUGCAUCUCAUUUGAACUCAAAUGGAAGGAUUUCCAAUGUGGCUGAUGUCCCACUGAAAAAAACUGGCCACUUGUUUGAUCUAAACCUGAAUGCUAGGAGUUCUAGUAAAAAAGAUGCUUCCAUUAACAUUUCUGGUCCACCAGUGCUUAACUUGAAUCACAAAGAAAGGAUUAACAGCAGCAAGGAAGCCACGAAGAAGAGUGUAACUCCAUUUUUCGACUUGAACCAGAUUUCGAGAGAAGAGGAGGAAUUGCAGGGAAACAGUGAGCCCAUGGGAAUCGAAGAACCAAAGAGAAGUUCACAAAGAGUUGCGACUGACGAGCAGCAUGGCGAUAUCAAGCUCUCGGCUGCUUGUAGAAGUGUUGGGGAUGGAUCUAAUAGGGCAGGGAAGAGGAAGAUUUCAUGGCAAGACCAGGUGGCAUUGAGGGUUUGAACUUAUAUAAGCACAGUAGACUGAAUCUACCCUUUCCGAACUUGUACUCUGCCUUGAUAUGCAACAGAUUUUUAACCUUCAAUUCUAGUUUUAUCUUUUACUUUGUAAAGAUUAAAUAUACCUUGUAGAAUCAUAUGUUCAAUAUAUAUAUUAGAUGAAGUGGAGAAUUCUAUUCCCCUAAAUCAUCAUAUCUUUCUCGCAAGUUUUGCUUGAUGUAUCUUUUGCAUGGAAAAUCCAAAAUUGGAUUUCCAUUCUGUGAUUGAGAUGGUGGCCUUAGUUUCUUGUUCA